UUUCAAAAAACUUAGAUCUUAUUUUCUGAAAUUACGAUUAAAAAUAAAAAGUUUGACACAUAACUUAAAUUCAUAUUCAGAGACAUAAUAAAAUGCAAUUACAAUUUUCAGAAUAUAUACUAGCUGCUAGGGAGAAAUACUUUUAAAUACUGCAGUAGAGCCCUUUUUCCAUCUCUAUUCUCUUCCAUGUGAAAUCCUACCCCUAGAGAAGCAGUAGAGCGCGGGAAAACACAUAGAAAAUGGAGGACAUUACCAGUGAAAGAGAAAUAGCUGGAGCUCUCAAGUCGAAAGUCGCGAUUCAAUGUGCCAAAGCUGCAAUUCUAGUCUCAUCGCUGAAGAACACUACUCUAAAUUCUGCUAUCAUUGACCAAAACAAGAAUGAGGAGAAUUCAAAAGAGGUGGAGGAACUGAAGAUGAAGAUUUUGAAGGAGAAAUUGAAGAAUAAGAAACUCAAAUUCUGCAGCGUUACGGAGUUUUUGAUUCAAGUUAUGGUUUUACUCUCUAUUUGGACCAUGCUUCUGUUGCUGGCCUUGAACUGAUCUAGUCCUGUUAUAUCAAUUCAUGUUGUGGCUCUGUUCGGUAAUCUGUGUAUUUUGAUUUUCGAUGUGUUGAAAUAACGUUUUUCAUUGAAGUGUAUUUGCUUGUUAGGUGUAAAAUUCUAGAAGUAUCAUUGGAUCGAGAACUGAGAAUUUAAUUGAAAUACUGCAGAUAUUCGAAUUGCAUGAUUUUAUGGUUA